GUGGCCACCGCGCUGUUGGCGUGGUGCGCGGUCGACGGCCGUCCCCAGCCCGGCACCACCGGGGGGAAGCACAACGAGGACCUGGACGGCAUCGGCGACGACCUGGAGGACUUCCUUAAGCACAAGGACCAGAACAACAACCACCGGCUCAGCGACACGCAGAACGUGUUCCAGCAGAACAGGAACACGAAGAAGCCCUCGUCAUCGUCGGGCUCGGACCUCCUGUCGGACCUGCUCAAGUUCGGCCAGGGCGGCGGUGGCAGCCUGAGCUCGCUGGGCUCGCUCGGCGGCCUGAGCAGGCCGUCCAACCCGUCCAGCAGCGUGCAGUACCCGUCCAGGCCCGCCCAGGCCAGCGCCCCGGCCAGUCCGCAGUACCCCGCCAGGCCCGCCCCCGCCAGCCCCAGCCGGCCCGCCUCCGUGCCAUCCUACCCCAGCUACCCCACCGGAGCCGGCUCGGGCGGCAAUCGCGGCGGCUCGCUGUACCCCCAGGUGCCCCAGGUCCCCGCCGGCGGCGGGUGGGUCGCCCCCAGCAGCGGCGGCAGCUCGGCCCCCAGGUACCCCAGCUACCCGAGCUACCCCGCGCCCGCGUCCAACUACCCCAGCUACCCGUCGUACACCAACUACCAGCGCGGCAGCCCUAACCCGUACCCCGGCUACCAGCAGCCCGCAUACCAGCAACCGGCGUACCAGCAGCCGGCCGCUUAUCCCGGCUACCAGCAGACCUACCCCGGCUACCAAACCGUGCAACGUUACGACCCUCGCAACCCCCCGCCACCCCAGAAGAAGGAGUCCUCCAGUGUCACCAAGAGCGUGUCCAACUUCUUCAAAAAGAUCUUCUCUUAGGCGCCUGACUGGUAGUGUAGAGAUGUGGGCCUACUAACCGGUGACUGCAAUUUUUUUUUUUUUUUGCAUACUGUGAGAACGAAAUCAAUUAUGUGUGACCCACCCUCUGCCGACGGGGAUUUUGAACACUCUCUUGCCAAAGACCGCAAUAUUUUCUUGAUCUUGGCAAUAUAAAAAGUUUUAAGGUUCUUCCAUGUUCCUGUCGUUUUUGUUACGUUUUUUUUUGUUAUGUGAUGGAUCUGCGUGUUGUCAUUACGUUCCAUGGGUCAUGAUUGCAAUCAUGGCUUUCUGCGAAUUGUUUUUAGAAAGGUGUUACCUCGGUUACCUCCCAUGUAGCUCUGAUUUGAUGUUCCUUCUCUCUUAUCUUUCUUAUUGUAAGUUGUCAUUGUUCUCUCCAUGGAUAAUUGAAAUAAAUGUUAAGGCUUAUAUUCAGGCGUGAAGUAUUCAUCUUGCCAUAGCAUAUAUAUUAGUUUGGGUUACGAAAAUAUUUGCAUUUAAAGACUAUACUCUGUCUGUGCUUUCCUUUCUUCCGACACGUCAAAACUUUUAUUGUUUUUUGAGUCGAGCUUGUUUUGUGAUAUUUUGAUAAUCAAAACCAGACUUGUAAAAAGAUGUCCAACGACAUUCGUGACAAGCGACGAACACGUGCUUUACGCUAGGUGCGCUCAUUUGCGAAAGGCGAAUGGAGUUUUGGUCGAGCGGUUAGCACGCUGAUUGUUAUGUUGUAUUGUAUUUUAAUUUGUACACAAAAAUAAAGUUUUUAAAAAAAUC